GCUCCAUACACUCGGCAAAAAUAAUGUAUAAUUACUGAUGCUUAAGGUAUGUUGCUGUGGGCUGGACUUCGAUCGAUGAUCAUUGCAUUUAUUGCCGCAGUCGCGGCACAAUUGAACGUACUGUUGUAUAAAUUACUCUGAACAGUGAACAGUGAACAUGUCCUCUCACCCGUCAUGAAUUCGCAAUCUUGCAUGUUGGAAGAGCUGACAGCAAACCUCGAGAGCUGCCGGAUUAACACAAACGCGACAGAUAAUUCCUUCAGUCACGGGUUUGUUGGCAGUCCCAUUGGCCCAUGCCAGAAUUUUCUCAGUCAGGUGAUCAUCGAUAAUGUUACUCCAGGUGUUUUGCCUGCAGAAUUGGCUUACUCCGUGGGCUUACUCUCUCCAUCCAGAAAUUUCACAGAGCAUCAAUCAUGGGAUAGCUUUGCCAGGAAUCACAUUGCUCCCCCAACGGUCGACACACGGAUGGUAUCCUUUGUUGAAGCCUACCUUGUCCACCUUCAGUCGGUACACGGUCCACAGCUGACCGUUAGCGAGGCAAUCUCGAUUAUCAAGCAUUACCUGCAGUCAGCUCAUCCUUACUUGCAUCAUGAUGCACACUUCGGACACUUCGCAUUUCCGGCGAUGCCACUUGUCGCUCCUGUCGAAGUUUCUCCCAUGUCUUUUGACGUUGUGGACAUGGGUCCAGGAACCAGCGCAGGUAUUUCCAUGGAAAGACCGGCUGUGUCUGAAACCGAAAGCGCUUUUGGUGUUUACGACAUGGAUUCUCUUCGUCGGAUCUUCGUAGAAGAAGGCCGUUACAAGGUGGAGUGCUUGUGGCCUAAUUGCGGGAGGAUAGUGAUGAAAGACAAUCACUCCCGGCAUGUACGGGAGUGUCACCUGCGUGCCACGAGAGGAGCUGUACGCCCAAAUUAUGGAUUUCACAUGCAUGUCGGCUGAUGCAAGGAGCUUUUCUGACUGAUUGUAUUUCUUUUUAGUUGAUUAGGACGAUGUUUUGUAGAAUGUGGCAUCAUAUUUAUGUGAAGAGAUAUCGGAUAAUACUUAUCUUAAGAUACGAGCUUACAUAAAAUAGUACAGUACUUAAGAGAGAUUGAAUCCGAGAAUAGAUUUCAGCGACUUCUU